AAAAAAAAAAAAACGGAACUAAGGAGAACAAGAAAUACGUCCUUUGAUCGAGUUUAUGAGGUGUGAUUAUGGUGAGAUGCAAUAAAUAUCUCGACUUUCGCAAAAUCCGGUCCUUAGAGUUCCUCGCGGUUGCAAUUAUCCGGAGGAAUACCUCCUCGCCGGGAAAUUUCGGGGGACUUAUCCAGAGAAAAGGCUUCGCAGGAACUUACGUUCUUCUCGAUCUGUUACGUAAUGAUACCAGAUUUCUCUCCACAAGCGUUCAUUCUCCGAGUUUAAGCUGGGAAGCUUCUUCGCAAGAGGUGCUUUGCAAAAAGCUCGAAACAGCUCUCAAGAAUCACUGUAUAGAUGAUGCGUGGGGUAUGUUUAGGGAUUUCAAAAGGUUGUAUGGUUUGCCGGACAAAUCCAUGUUGAACAGGUUUGUCACGGUGCUCUCUUACUCUAAUGAUUCUGGUUAUUUGCGGAAGGCCUGCAAUUUAGUCAGUCUGACUAUGAAACAAAACCGUGGUUUGAUUCAUUCUGAUGUUCUUACGAGACUGUUGAUGUCUUUAUCGAGAGCUCAACUGCCCGAGCCCGCCUGUAAUAUCCUCAGAGCAAUGCUGGAAAUGAGUUACACCCCUCCAGUGGAAGUGUCAAGGCUUGUUGUCAUGCAUAUGGUGAAAUCAAAGGUCGGAACAUGCCUUGCUUCAAAUUAUUUGGUUCAACUCUGUGAUGAUGUUGUGGAUCUAGAUGGCAGGAAGAAACUUAGCGGUCGGAAUGUAGUGAAACCUGAUACCCUUAUUUUUAAUCUCGUACUCGGUGCUUGUGUGAGAUUUGGUUUCUCUCUCAAAGGCCAAGAACUGGUUGAGCUGAUGGCAAAAACCGGCAUUAUUGCUGAUGCAUACACAAUUGUUAUCAUUUCUCGCCUUUAUGAAAUGAAUGGUAUGCGGGAUGAGUUGAAGAAGUUCAAGGAGCAUAUUGAUCAGGUACCAGCCCUACUUCUUUCUCACUACCGGCAUUUCUACGAUAAUUUGUUAAGCCUGGAGUUCAAAUUUGAUGAUAUCGAUUCUGCUGGCCGGCUUGUCCUAGAUGUAUGCAAGACUAAGGACUUCCUCUCAGUUCAGAGUCUCCGGGUUGACUCAGAGAAACCUCGGGCUUUGCCUGUUGGAUCUGACCAUAUCAGAUCAGGCUUAAAGAUCCAAAUUUCACCCGAGCUUUUGCAGAGAGAUUUGUCUCUUCAAAUGGAAAUGGAGACGGAAUUCGUUGAUUAUGUGAAUGCUAAGCUUGUGAUCACAAAGAAGGCUCUUGCUAAGCUAGUGUAUGGGUACAAAAAACAUGGGAGUGUUUCUCAGCUCUCGAAGCUUUUGCUUUUGUUGGGUGGAUCCAAGUUAUGUGCGGAUGUCUUUGAUGCUUGUGUUAGUCUUUGCUGGCUAGACAUUGCUCAUGACAUUCUUGAUGACAUGGAAUCUGCCGGUCAUCCCAUGGGACUGCCCUCAUACAUGAAACUCUUAUCGGGUUAUUACGAGCAAAAGAUGUUAAAUAACGCAGAAGCACUUCUGAGACAGAUGAAGAAAGCUGGUCUGGUCACUGUUCAAUCAAUUGAAAUGGUGGGUUUGCCUGAAACCAAAGGGGAAGAUACUAAAGACUCUGAGCUCUGCGCCCUCUUGGUUCAGGAAAUGGAAUCUGAGAAAGAAAUGACAGAUCCACAAACACUGUACGAGCUAAACUCAUCCCUCUACUUCUUCUGCAAAGCUAAAAUGAAAGGAGAUAGCUUGAGAAACUUUCGAAAGAUUCAGAGGAUGAAAAUCCCACCGAAUCUCCAAACCUUUUGGAUUUUGAUAGACAUGUACUCAUCUCUAGGCAUGUAUCGAGAGAUCACAGUUGUGUGGGGAGACAUCAAAAGGAACAUGGAGAGCAGAGGCUUAAGAGUAACACAGGAUCUGUUAGAGAAGCUUGUGAUGAACUUUCUUAAAGGUGGGUAUUUUGAGAGAGUGAUGGAAGUUAUAAAUUAUAUGAAGAGGAGUGGUCUUUAUACGGAUCUAAAUAUGUAUAAGACCGAGUAUCUGAAGCUUCAUAAGAAACUGUACAUAAGUAUCAGAGCAUCCGAAGCUGAAACUGACGCUCAAGCUCAGAGGCUCCUGCAUGUUCAGAACUUCAAGAAGCUAGUUGGCUUAGCGUGAUGUUUUCUUGCUCUCUAUAUAUAUUGUUUUACCAUCCGUUAUUUUGGUUUAUAUAAUAUCCAACCCUACGGAAUUACGGUUUAAUUUGGAGAAAUGUGUAUUCAUUUUGGUUUAGAAAUUGUGCCAUUUGUAACCAAAGUAAAGCCUGAGGUUUAGGAGGAAAAGACUGGAAAUUUGGGGGGUCGUUUCAGAAAUAUAGUUA